AUGAUAUCCCUUCGUUGCAAAACAGUUUCAGAGUUGAAAGUGCAAUUGAAUAAAAUAGGUAAUGAUUGUUCAGUUUCCAUAAGCAAUAAAAUGAAGAGACAAGGUUAUCAAAUGAAUCAUCACAAUCGAAAUGAUGCAACAGGAGGUGAUCUUUGGACAGAUGGACUUAUUUGUGCUUUUGAAUUCGUUCAAGGCCAACGUAAAACUGUUCAGCAAAAAUCUGGUGCAAAGAGUCCGCACUCACAGUUAAAGAUACAUUACAUUAAAAAAAAUUGUAGCAGGAAUCUCAAUCCUCGGGAAGAAAUCCCAAGAACCUCUUGGAAACCGAUUGUUUGGGACAGAAUUUCUGAACUAGUCCAGAUAAUUCAAGUUGAUGAUGGAUGGGGCUCUCAGCCUAUUGAGCUCUCAGAGAAUGAAGAUGAUGUCACUACUGCAGAUCUAGCAGCUCCUUACUGGGAAAGGCCAGUUGGUCCGACUUGGUGGUGUCAUGUUGCUGCAGAUCACCCAUCCAUAAAUGCAUGGUUAAGAAAUGCUCACAGGAUGCAUCCUGCUAUCAGUGUUCCAGUCAUAGUUGCUGGUGGACUGUUAUUUGAGCUAUUGGGACAGUCAGCUGGAGAUCCUUUAGCUGAUGAAGAUGACAUCCCCAUUGAAACGCUUAUUGCUGGAGGCACUAAUAUUCCGAGAACUAUCCACGAGGUUAUAGCACUUCUCACUUGUCGCCUUGCAAGACGGAAGGAGGAAUCACGAGGAUUUGCAUCCUUUUACGACAAUUAUGAACCAAGAAAUCAGAAGGUUGUCAACAGGGAUUCAAAUAAUGGUUUGAUAGCGGAAUAG